AUGAAGAUAUUCUACAUUCUGGCUAUCCUGCUCGCCCUGGGUGUUGUUAACGGUGAUGUUCACGUGGAUGAUACCGAGAAGAUCUUUUCCGACAUGAUGAUGAAUAGGCAGGCCGAUAAUGGCGGUCAUGUAUCCGACUUCGACCAGAAACAAGACUCGCCUAACAACCUUGGAGAGCCAUUUUCUUGUGCUGCGUGUAAAACCUGCAAGACACUGAG